AGCACGAGGAUUGGCAGUCGCGGUGAAUUGGUCGGGAUGUCGGACGUGAAAGGACUUAGCAUACGCAGGAGAACGGAUACCUUUGAGAACAUUGAACUGAACGACGCCAAUGGCCAGCAGCCCGUAGACCCUUCGGCAGGCGUGGCCUAUGCCUGGCGAGACCUCAACGUGUACGCGGGCGGGAGAGGCCUUAUCAAGAAGUCGCCUGAAGUACAUAUAUUAAAGAAUGUCAGCGGCUUAUGCGAAGGAGGGCAGCUUCUCGCCAUCAUGGGAGCGUCGGGAGCAGGCAAGACAACCCUGCUCAACGUCCUCACCUUCAGGACCUCCAAGCUGCGAAUCACAGGCGACAUAUACAUCAACGGCCGACCAGUGGACAUGCGGACAAUCGCGGGCGUGUCGGCCUAUGUUCAGCAGGAGGAUCUGUUCACUGGAGUGUUCACCGUCAGAGAACAACUGAACUUCAAUGCACAACUGAGGAUCGGGAAGGAAAUUUCCCAGAGGGAGAGAACGCAGCGAGUUGAGGAAGUUAUCAAGGAGCUCGGCUUGGGGAAAUGUGCCAACACCAAGAUCGGAAUCCCGGGCCGCAUCAAGGGCAUCUCAGGCGGGGAGAAGAAGAGGCUGGCUUUCGCCUGCGAGAUGAUCACCAACCCCCUACUCUUGCUGUGCGACGAGCCCACCUCCGGCCUGGACUCCUUCAUGGCCCAGAGCGUCGUCAACGCCAUGAAGCGGCUCACGAGUCUCGGCAAGACGGUCAUAGCCACCAUCCACCAGCCCAGCUCCGAGGUCUUCGCCCUGUUCGACCGCCUCCUGAUCCUGGCCGAGGGGCGCGUGGCCUUCCUCGGCACCGUCAGGGAGGCACACAAGUUCUUUACCAGAUUAGAGCGCCCGUGUCCCUCCAACUACAGCCCCGGAGACCAUUUCAUCUAUUCCUUAGCCAUUCGUGCGGGCGAGGAGGAGCAGUGCAGGCAGUUCGUUCACCAUGUGUGCGACUCGUACAGAGACAACGAGGCGGUGGACGUUCAGAAGCAGCUCGACCGCGCGAUGCAGCCUCCUGUCCGAGGCGACGCCCUUGCCCACGUGAAGCUGCCCAAGAGCCCCUACCGCGCCUCCUGGGGGAAUCAGUUCCUGGCCAUGUUCAGACGCACCGGCCUCGAGCUCAUGCGAGACCCCCUCGUGUCCAUCAUCAGGCUCAUUCAGGGGCUGUUCUUCGCCAUCGUCUUCGGGCUGAUCUACCUCGACACCGACGGCCAGGACCCCGAGUUCAACGUCAUGGCCCAGAACAUCAGCGGCAUGCUCUUCACCUUCACGACGAAUCUCAGCUUCUCCAAUUUGUUUCCUGUUGUUACGGUUUUCUCCGGCCUGAUGCCACUCUUCCUGAGGGAACACUGGAAUGGUCUCUACCGCACUGACAUCUUCUUCCUGACGAGGUCCCUCUUGGAGCUUCCUGUCUUCGUGAUGGGGCCCGUUGGCUUCACGGCAAUUAUAUAUUAUAUGGUGGGAUUGCGGCCUGAAGCGCAGUACUUUUUCACUGCUAUGGGUAUCUUGACUCUGGUGGCAAAUGUAGCAGUGUCUUAUGGCUACAUGAUCUCGUGCUUGGCCAAGAACUACCAGACAGCGCUGGUGCUCUCCACGCCGCUCACGCUCCCCAUCAUGCUCUUCGGGGGAUUCUUCGUGCAGGCCGACUCGAUCCCGCCAUACCUGGAUUGGCUGAGUUACCUGUCCUGGUUCCAGUAUGGCUUCGAGGCGCUCACCAUCAACCAGUGGGACGGCUACGGGGUGUCUCUGGGCAACGUGACCGUCGACGCAGGACCCAUCAUCUUCAAGAGGCUGGGCUUCUCCGCCGACAACUUCUGGAUCGACAUCGGCGCUUUGUUUGGCCUCCUCGUAGGGUUCCGUAUCCUGGCGUUCCUCUUCCUCCUCCUCAAGUCCAGGAGGUAAACCGCGGGACGUCUUCAAGGUGUCGUCUAGGAAAGCAUGCUUAAGGAAGCAGUAGAUGUCCGGUGAUUUUUAUCUCAAUGUGUUGUUGACAUUUACGCUCUUCGAAAAGUUAAAAGUGUGAAUAUUUCUUGAUUUGUGUGUAAUUCUUUCAAAGAAUAAUGUAUAGUAACUGUAAGUUAGA